AUGGACGGCUUAACAACCGCAGAACUUUUCAAAAAUAAUGAUGGUUUAACGUACAAUGACUUUAUUAUAUUACCCGGUUACAUUGAUUUUCAAUCAGAUAGUGUUGAUUUAACAUCAAAACUAACGAAACAAUUAACAAUUAAAACACCAUUUGUCAGUUCGCCAAUGGACACGGUGACCGAAUCUAACAUGGCUAUUGCAAUGGCAUUAAAUGGAGGAAUUGGAAUUAUUCAUCACAAUUGCACAGUUGAUUUACAAGUAGCAGAAGUAAGACGAGUGAAACGAUAUGAACAAGGAUUUAUAACCGAUCCACUCGUGCUAAGUCCAACACAUACUGUUGCAGAUGUUUAUGAUAUUAAACAGAGUCAUGGAUUUUCUGGUAUACCAGUAACAGAAACAGGAAAAAUCAAUAGCAAAUUACUUGGACUAAUUACAUUUCGUGAUAUUGAUUUCUUAUCAAAAGAUCAAUGGUCAAUACCUGUUCAACAAGUUAUGACGCCCAUUGAGGAGUUGAUUACAGCCAAAAAUGAUCUAACAUUGAAAGAUGCAUACCAUAUACUACAACGUAGUAAAAAAGGUAAACUUCCAAUUGUCAAUUCGGACGGCGAUUUAGUUUCACUUAUUGCACGAACAGAUUUAGAGAAAAAUCGCGACUAUCCAUUAGCAUCUAAAGAUAAUCGUCGUCAGUUAUUAGUGGGUGCUGCUAUUGGUACUCGAAAAGAAGAUGAAAAACGUUUAAAUAUGUUAGUUCAAGCCGGCGUUGAUGUUAUUGUUCUUGAUUCAUCACAGGGUAACUCGAUUUAUCAAAUAAAUAUGAUCAAAGCAAUUAAAUCAAAAUAUCCUGAUUUGCAGAUCAUCGGUGGUAACGUUGUCACACAAGCGCAAGCCAAAAAUUUAAUUGAUGCUGGAGUGGACGCUUUAAGAGUUGGUAUGGGCAGCGGAUCUAUUUGUAUUACACAAGAAGUGAUGGCUGUUGGACGCGCACAAGCAACAGCUGUAUAUAAAGUAGCUGAAUAUGCUCAUCGUUAUGAUGUGCCAGUGAUAGCUGAUGGUGGUAUUAGUUGUGUAGGACAUAUUGUGAAAGCGUUGACACUGGGCGCAAGUAGUGUGAUGAUGGGAAGCCUUCUCGCUGGCACACAAGAGUCACCCGGUGAUUACUAUUAUCAGGAUGGUGUAAGGUUGAAAAAAUAUCGUGGUAUGGGUUCCCUGGAAGCCAUGAACGUUUGUUCACAAUCCUCAGCUGCCAGUCGGUAUUAUUCUGAAACCGAUCAUGUUAAAGUUGCACAAGGUGUAAGUGGAAGUGUCGUGGAUAAAGGUUCAAUACAUCGUUUUAUCGGAGGCUACUUAUAUACGGGAAUACAAAAAUCAUUACAAGAUAUCGGAUAUAGAUCAUUAGAAAAACUACAUUCGGAAAGUUAUAAUGGAAAUGUUAAAUUUGAAAAACGAACAACAAGCGCCCAAGUUGAAGGGGACUAUCAUACACAAAUGGGUGCUAGUGAACAAAAUUUGCUAUUAGUGACAACACGAUCAGUUGUAUCCGAUUAUAUUUAUUGGCGUUUACAUCAUAGUACGAAUAUCGAAACAUCUAACAUUCUAAAUACAGAGCCAAAUCGUAUUAAUCUCUUGAUGAGACAAUUGGCAAAUGACACUGAAAUAACUUAUCGAUCUCGUCUAGCCAAUAUUCUUCCAAUGGAUGUAUCAUUCACACUGGCUGAUAUUCAUGGUUCAUUUCUAGAAAUUGUUCAAUUAUUAUUUAGUGAUGGUAUUUUUAAUUGGGGACGUAUUGUUACGUUAAUAUCGUAUUCAGGAAUGUUAGCUCUAAAAUGCUAUGAACAUAAUAUGUCUACCAUGAUCAAUCCCAUUAUCGAAUGGACAGAAGAAUAUAUUGACCACGAUUUAAAACAAUGGUUAGACAGUCAAAAAGCUUGGGAUGGUUUCAUGAACUGUGUUGAGAAAAAAAAUCGUCGACAAUCACUGAGUCGAUUUGCAACCAUAAUGGGUACAAUCGGUAAGCACAUACAUUAUACAUCUGUUCAGUGA